GUUUAAUGAUAUUAACAUUGGACGAAAGAUAUACCAUAUUAUUAUAUCGUUUAACUAGAAGCGUAGCACAUACAUCCUCGAAAACCAUGUCCGACAAGAAAAAGUCUAUCAAAAAACCAUUUGAAGAAAAUAAAAGUUUGGCAAACAAGCAGAUUGUCACAACUAUUGUAUUCAAUGUUCUGUUUUUUACCCUGGGGAAAUCACUAGUACCAAUAGACACGUCGCAACUAACGACACCAACAGAUCGUCUGAUAUACACUAUAAGAUGGUUGUUUCUAUCUUCACUAACAAUCAUGUUUGCCAUGUUCGGAGUGUUAAGAGUUCGUGGGAAUACAGACGCCAUUGAUCCAUUAAAUGGUGCUGCAGAAAACUUGGUAGAACUGCCAAACCGAAUUCUACGAAAUACAGUUGAACAGUUCUUACUUCAUGCAUCAGCUGUAUUAACCUUUUCGACAUUUCUGGACGAAAGCAAUAUGAAUGACAUUCCUCUAAUGGUCGUGUUGUUUAUUCUUGGACGAUUAUUUUAUGCUGUAGGAUAUAGUUCUCAUCCUAUGCACAGAUCUUUGGGAUUUAGUAUGACAUUUGGACCGACGUUUGUCACAUAUAUUAGAUGUACGUACAAUGUUGUAUCAACGCUAUUAUUUUAGAACAAUAAAGUUCUUCAAAACACUAGAAUUAUGAUUGGCUGUAGAAUGAUUCAACAAGUAUUUUUUAAUAAAAGUGUGUCAAAUAG